GAAAAGUCAAGGCAACAGAUCAUGUGGAGAAGAGAGAAGCAGCCAUUAUAGUGACAGUGGGGACAGCCACAGUUUAAAGAGACCAGGAAACCACCAAGUAGUAUCAGGAAUGCAGGAGAUGACUUCUUCAUGAAGAAUCUUACAGACAAGCAACUUGGAAAAUAAUUCCUCAAAUCUGAAGCAAAUUUAUUUUCUGUGCUCAUGCAUUACAUCAACUAUGAAAAAUCGAAGUGUGUAGGGACAGACAUGUGAUGAUCAUAAUUCUUAUUCUUUGCCAUGGAAAUACUAAGUUCCACUCCUAUCUUCUUUAAUUGUUUUGUUGGGUGCAGUGGAAUACCUGGGGUAGUAUUCAUCUUCCUUCUCUUUCCAGUUUCCUUGACUAGGGAUUUCAGAGCACUUCCACUUAUUCCCGAUACUCCAUUCCUCUGGGCUUGGAAUGCCCCAACUGAAAUUUGUGAGGAAAGAUUUAAUGAGCCAAUAGAUCUGAGGUUCUUCUCUUUAGUUGGAAGCCCACAAAAAGAUAUCACUGGACAACGUAUUACAAUAUUUUAUUUUGACCGACUUGGCCUGUAUCCUUAUAUUGAUAAUGUUACACUCACAAAUGUGAAUGGAGGAAUUCCACAGAAAGGAUCCCUACAAAACCAUCUGGAAAAAGCUAAGGUAGAUAUUUUGUAUUAUAUGCCAGAAGACAAGAUAGGUUUGGCUGUCAUUGACUGGCGAGAGUGGAAUCCUCUCUGGGAAAGAAACUGGAAACCUAAAGAUAUUUAUCAGCAGAGGUCUAUCGAGUCAGUUAAGCAACAAAAUGAAAGUCUGAAUGAUUCAGAGGCCAACAUCUUAGCCAAAGAAUAUUUUGAAGAAGCAGCAAAGAAUUUCAUGAAAGAAACUUUGAAAUUGGGUACAUCACUGAGACCAAAUUACAUAUGGGGUUAUUAUCUCUUCCCUGAUUGUUAUAAUAAUCUUUAUAAUACUCAAGACUAUGAUGGAAGUUGCUCUGAUAUAGAAAAGAAUAGAAAUGAUGAGCUCUCCUGGUUAUGGGAGGAAAGCACUGCCCUUUACCCAUCCAUUUAUUUGAAUUCCAAGUUAAGCUCUACUCCUGAAGCUACACUCUAUGCCCAAAAUCGUAUUCAAGAAGCCAUCCGGGCAUCUAGAGCUCAUAAUACUGAAGAUCCACUUCCAAUUUAUAUCUACACUCGUCCAGUUUUUACAGAUGCACUUGGGGAAUAUCUUCCUCAGACUGAUCUUGUGAGUACAAUUGGUGAAGGUGUUGCCCUAGGUGCCUCUGGGACUAUAAUGUGGGGAAGUUUCAAUGUAAGCCAAAGUAAGCAAUCUUGCAUGGACCUCGAGACUUACAUGAAGAGUACACUGAAUCCUUAUUUAAUCAAUGUCACCUUAGCAGCCAAAAUGUGUAGCCAAGUGCUUUGCCAAGAACAUGGAGUAUGUACCAGGAAAAGCUGGAAUUCAAGUGACUAUCUUCACCUGAACCCAGAACAUUUUGUUAUUCAAUCUGGAGAAGGUGGAAAAUACAUAGUAGAUGGCAAGCCCACACUAGAAGAUCUGCGGUACUUUUAUGAAAAUUUUCAUUGCAGCUGUUAUCCCCAUAUCAAUUGUCAUGAAACUCUUGAUAUACAAAACAUUGAUAUCAUUAAUGUAUGUGUUGCCGACGAUGUUUGUAUAGAAGCCUUUCUAGGUACAGAAAUGAAUGAUCUCUCAUCUGACCUUGAAGAUGAAGUUUCUGAAAAUCCCACAGAUGUUGAAUCUUAUGUAAAUUCUGUAUGUGAACCUGGGGUUGACUACCAUGAAUGCCUCAAGCUCAAGUGUUCAAUGCAAGAAAUGUUUGCAAAUGGCACAGAUAAAGAAUGUGAAGGUGUUAACUGGCAAAACGUUACCUCUGAUUUACAUUUUCUCCACAAGAAGGAAAACAAGACUCAAAUCCCUAAAAAUCCAGCAUCAAUUAAAUUUCCUAUCUACAUUUUGCAUUUUGGUAUCUCUUACACUUUUAUAUAUACUAGUUUAGCUAGCUUUAGUUAUUUUUUCAUAUGAUUAAAUAUGUUCAUAUGCAGUGUCUUAUAUUCGAGAUAAGCAGAACAUGGCCAGGAUAAUAAUUUUACUACAUUCUUUUUUGAACAAAAUUGCUCUUCAUGUACAAUUGGACAUAUAAUUAUUGUGUUAUUGAUAACCAAAAAAUUUUGACUAACAACUUUAUGCAAAUAAUGUUCAAAACAGUGAUGCUGGUACAUCCUACAUUUUGGUUGAAUUUCAUUUGAUUUAAAUCUUGAUUGCUAAUAUAGCAUACAAUUUGCUUUUCAAAUUGAUAGCAAAUUACAUAUUUUCUAUUUUCUAUGAGUCUUCAGCAAAUAUUUAUACAGUGUCAAUCUAUGAAAGGAAUGAUUAGCAACUGAUGUUUUUUGGUUCUGUUGAAAACUGAUUGUAAGGCCUAUAACAAUUAGAGGUCUAUUGUUUUUUCUUUUUCUGAGAAAUGUGAAGCUUUAAGUAUUACCAGUUUGCUUCAAAGGUAUGUCUUUAUAAGUGCUUUUUAAUUUAUAAUAAAAUAUCUUUAAAAUGUCA